AUGGCGAGCGCUUUAAUAUCGAACCCGUACGCUGCUCAGCAAAGCGCACACUACGGAUACGUCCAACCGCCUCAACCUCCCCCAUCGCCUCCCAUGGACGAGACAUCAAAGUGCUCUCUCCCCUCCAUUUCAAAUCUCCUCGGCCUCGCAGACCAGGGCUCGCCCACAUCCGAGACGCACCCUCAGAUUCCCCAGCAAGCAUCCUCCCAAAAGUCCGAGACGAGACCAAACUCAUCUCACUAUGGCCGCGGCGGACUUCCUCCCACGCCUCCCAUGAGCUCCGAUGCCUCCUUCGAUGGCUACAACUCUCCCUCGACGAGAUCCGUCAGCCAGCUUUCCGUCGUCUCACAACCUCAGAGCAACUACUACUAUGAGUCCACGCCGCCUCUGGAAGCCGAAGCCCACCGCCACAUGGCUCCCAUGAUCCCAAGAGUGCCAGUCCAAGGCUCAUACUCCCAGGCCCAGCCCUUCCCGCCUGCCUACAUGCCCGCCCACAACCCCAUGGCGGCUUCCUACUAUCCUCCCAUGCAGCACACCCCUCCUCCUCAGGCCCAGAUUUCUGGCAUCUACUACCAGCGCCCUCUUCCUCAACAAUUCCCACCCAUGGCCCCCGUUCCCGUCGGCAUGGGACCCAAUGGCACCAACCCGUGGCAACAUCACCACUACAUCUCCCCUUCCUCUGCGGCAUCCUUCCCCCAGAGCCAGGAUCGUUACAUCUGCCAGACCUGCAACAAGGCCUUCUCCCGCCCUUCAUCCCUUCGCAUCCACAGCCACUCCCACACCGGCGAGAAGCCCUUCAAGUGCCCGCACGCCGGCUGCGGCAAGGCCUUCAGCGUCCGCAGCAACAUGAAGCGUCACGAGCGUGGAUGCCACAACUUUGAGAGCGGCAGCACCUGCAGCAACUGA